UGAACCAGGAAGGCAAAGAGCAGUCGACACAAGGCUGGACUAUCACAAGGAAGUGGAAGAUUGUACCUACCCAUCUUUCGUCACGUAGAGAGAGAGCGAGAGCGAGGGACGGACGCGCUACGGAUUGCGAAUUGCCGGCGCAUUAGCACAAGGCCCCGUCCAGCAUUGGUACGCGGACCCUUCCCCGUCCAGUCGCAGUUGCAGUCGGCUUGUCCAGCCUGGGUGGGUGUGCUAGCAGCGGUCCCGUCUCCGGCUCCAGUCCCCGUCCCGCCAACAGCAAUCUUUCCCGUCAUUCCAUCUUCCGCCCUGGGCGCAUCUUGAACCCUCCCCGUCACCCAUCGCAUUGCGAACUGGCAGAUUGGCACACCGCGGAGCCGGCCUCGACCAGGGCACCACUACCACUACCUCGCGCUGUAGGCGAAGGAGCUUGUUAUGUCGGAGCAAGCGAUGACUUCGUCCGCACCCUCAGGCGCCGGGAGCGCUCAACCGCAACCGCAACCGCAGAUUGACCAACAACAACAACAACAGCAGCAGCAGCAACAUCAAGAACAGAAACAACAACAACAACAACCACCACCACCACCCCCUCCUCCUCCUGCUUCUCCUCCUCCUCCUCCUCCUCCUCCUCCUCCUCCUCCUCCUCCUCCACCUCCACCACCUCCACCAGAGCCAGAGCCCCAGCCGGCACCCCCUCCACCAGAAACCCCGUCCCAGUCGCAACCGCAGCAGUCAUUACUACAACCACAGCCACAGGUCCUCGAUGCUCCUGCUCACAAGCUCGAUUCAGUUGCCCUCGAAAACGGCAUCAGCUAUACCCUCAACUCGCCCCCACGACCGGCCAUCUCUCCCCUAACCGAUCCAGUUCCCGACCCUCGUACUCGCGAACCUUCCGUACAACCCCUUGAAAGCGAGCUCGAAACGAAUCAUGCCGCCGACCAGCCCAAGACGAAUGGAAUUGCGCACUCCAACCCAACGAACCGACCGAACACAGACCUCAAAGGUGGCAGGGACACCCCGCAGGUCACGAGCGUCGGGGCAACUGCAGGUGCAACAGUAGGAGGAGCAGCAGCAACAACAACCGUACCAGGAAAUUCUACAAAUUCCACCUCGCACUUCUCAGGUCUCGCCAUGGACGGAACUCCAAUAGCUCCCUUCAACACUCAAGCCCCCCCAGCGGUCGACGGUAUGGCCAACAUGGAUUUCCCUUCUUCCACCAUGGAUCUCUUACAGUCCCAGAGUGGCCAUAUUCUCAUGAGCUUCCUCCAGUCGCUCUCUGUAACCACCCAGCAACAACAGCUACAGCAGAUACCUCCCCUCCCGCCAAAUACCGUCCGUCCGUCGCAGGUCUCGCUGGCCCAGAUGCAGCUCGAUCAAGCCAAUGCCACGCAUCUGCCACAUCUAACAGCCCAGGGGGGGAUCCAACCACCCCCCGCCGCCGCCGCCGCUACUGCAGCCGACGCUUCGCUCGAGUCCUUUGCCAGACUGGAAUUCGCCGACGGUGUCUUCCAAAUGACAACCUAUGCCCUCAUCAUCGGUCGUGACCAACGUGCCUGGAGGUUAGCAAAGAAAGAGGAGCGUCGUGCCGAGCAAUACCAGCGACUGAAAGACGAGUACGAAGCUCAGGGUUUAACCCCACCGGCUCCCCCUUCUGAAGACGCUCGCCGAUUUUCAAAGUCAUAUAUUAGUGAGGAGGGCGGCAUGUUGGGUCCCGAGUCGGAUGAUGAGGAAGAUGAGGAGGGACGCCCGUCAGAUAACCGGGCCCCGAAGAAGCGGAAGAUGAACGGCGGUGUUUCUUUACCUGUGGAUUCGUUUGGUGAAGCGGAGAGCAGCUUGAUGUCUGCUGACCAGACCGUUGAUGAUGGAAAGGGUCCUGUGUCAAACAGGCAAUACGUCUCGCAUACCCCAGGAGCCGCGGCUGUUAAUCUCAGCGCUCUCCGACCCUCUCCACACCACACACCUUUCCUGGGCAUUCAUUCUCCAGGUCCCAACAUUGCUGCCAAGACAAAGGCUAUCUCCAGAGAACAUUUGAAGAUUCAGUUCAACUCCCAGGCUGGAGUCUUUGAAGCCAUUCCUCUGCACAAGAACGGAUUCUUCUGUGAAGAUGUUCACUACAGCCACGACAAGGUGGUUCUCAAGAGCGGGGACCGUCUUCAAGUCAAGGAUGUCGAGUUUGUCUUUAUCAUCAACGGCGUAGCUGAAGGCAAGACCGGUGCUGAAGAGUAUGAACCAGAAGAGACACCCGCGAGGAGAUACUCAGAAGGCGGAAAGGAGAUGAGUUUCGAUUUCGAGAGCAUUCACGACGUUGACAGGCGUAGCACCAGUCCUGAAGACAAUGAGGUGCCCAUGUCCGUCGAUCCUGACCGAGACGACAGCCAAAGUGAGCUAUCAGAACCUCCGGACGAAGAUAUUCUUCUGCCCGACGCGCCGGAUCAUGUCAUGGAAACGGUUGAGAAGGAAGAGGCCGAAGAAGAUGACGACGAUGAAGCCCGGUCUCAGUCUCAGUCUGUGAAACCUGAGCCAAGGCCAGAAUUCCCCGACAUGUCCAGCGUACCACUGAUGGACCCGCCCAAGAAACGAGGUCCCGGAAGACCGCCCAAAAACGGCAUCAUGUCCAAGAGGGAAGAGCGACUUCGGAAAAAGCAGGCCAUGGAGCUCGCUAAAAAGAACCAACCGCCUCAGCCGCCUGGCGAGCCGCCCGUCAAGCGCAAAGUCGGUCGACCGAGGAAGCAUCCCCUUCCUGAGGAUGCCCCGGAUAGACCUGAGAAGCGCAAGUAUAAACCGCGCAAGAAGAAUGGGGAAGAGGGCGAUGCCUCUGACGCCGAAAAAACCAUCAAGGAGAAGCGGCGCGAGAAACCCAAGACGCCUCCGCUCGAGCUGCGCAGGGAGGACUAUACCGAGGAACAGCUGCAGAAGCCAAACAAGAACUACGGCGUCCUGAUCGACGAAGUUUUGUCUGCCGCACCGGACGGGCUCACACUCAAGCAAAUCUACAAACGUAUUCAGCUGAAGUACCCUUUCUAUUACUUCAACGUGGAUACCAAGGGUGGGAAAGCAGUGUCCGGCACAAUCUCAUUGGGAACGAUGCGUUCAAGAAGAACGAGGAGACUCACCUUUGGAGCCGCGUCCCCGGAAUUGAUAUUGAUGCUGGAAAGAAGCGCAAGGCACCCUCCCCUGACCACGCCUCCUCAUUGCAUAACUUCGGCCAGCACUACGCACCGCAACCCAUGCCUCCUCAUCCUGGCAUGUACCACGGAGAGCACGGGGUCCAACAAAGCUAUCAUCCAGGUACUGUGGGCCAACGCCAGAGCUAUGUCACUACCGGACAGCCAGGAGCCAGCCAGCAUCCGCCUCAGCAUCUUCAAACUCCCCAGCCCGGCGUUCCGCCUCAGCAGCCUCCCCGGCCAGCCUACCAGGCUGCUGCUCAAACAAGUCCACCAGCACAGGCCCAAGUGUAUGGAAUCACUGGAGUUGGUUGUGCUCCGUGUCUUUGAGGAGCGGAUUCAAGGCACCAGCCACAAGUCGCUUGAUCCAGAUUUGCUGCAGACUCUACUCACCUUCAAGGCCACUAUGGUGAGCACUUUGGAGGCCAAACUGGACUCACAGAAGGCCGAGUGCUUGGUUCUCUCAGCUAUCGAUCAAGUUCUCGGCCUGGCUGACAAGACUAUUACGCGAGGAACGGAGUCUGAGAUGCGGGAGUUCAAUAACGCUGAAAAGGUUUUGAUUCCUGCUAUCAGAAUGAAGGUGGCAGAAUGGCAACGGAAACAGGUAGCCGCAACACCAGCAGCACCAGUUCAUGCGACAGCAACGCCAGGCGCACUACCCGCAAACCAUCAUACAAUGGCCCCUGCGACAGCUCCUAGCGCGGCUCAAAGAAUCGCUACACCGAGCGCGACCCAGCGAGCCAACCCGCCGGGCGGCAAUCCUUCAGCAGUACCCCGAACCAUCACAGCCGCAGCUCCCGCUCCCACUCCGGCCCCAUUGCUUCCUAGGGCUGCACCCAUCUCUGGGCACCCUAUCGCACCCUCAACGGUUAACAACACGAACGCCGCAAUGGGAGCUCGACCUGUGCCCGCCGCUGUCCCGGGACCCCAAAUAGGUGUUCACUCGGGUGCUGCUAUAGGAGUCACUGCCCCUGUUUCUAGAAGCCCGCCCGUCACUCAUGGUGUUGUUACUGCAGCUCCCACUACCACGCCCCGGAGCAAUCUGGCUGCCUCUGUCCCAGCAGGCUCGAUGGCCCAACAAACUCAUUCCGGGGCACCAGCGGGGUCAGGUAAUGCAUCUAUCUCCAGAGCUCCUCCUUCCACUGCGGCUCCGACUGCGCCGACGUCUGUCCCGCCGGUGUCUUCCACCGUUCGUCCAAUGUCCUACGUGCCAACCGGCCCUCCGGGCUUGACAGCGCCUCCCACAGCUUCCUCGGGAGCGAGCGCCGGGUACGCUAGACCUGCCAAUGCUUCCACAAUGCCAGCGCCCACCUCUGGACAGGCGGCGAUGACAUCGGCUGUCCCUCAAAGUGUACCUUCUCCAAGACCUUCGUCUUUGACAACUGGUCAAAUGGGUGUUCCUGCAAUUGCCGCUGCCUCAACCUCAAGGCCUGCAUCUGGGGUCUAUAAUCCUCCAGCAUCAUCACUUGCGCCUUCCACCCAUAAGAUCACCGGUCAGCCAUCAUUCUCUGCACCGGCAUCGGUACCCACACCACCGACAAGUGCAGCCUCUCAAGGAGCUCAGCCACUCUCUCAGCCAGUCGGUCCAGCUCCAGCUAUCUCUAGCUCUAUUGGGGCUACUCCGGCUGCUUCGAUUCCCUCUUCGGCGCCUGCUGCCUUGGCCCCUGUCACUUACCCAGUUCCACAACAAGCUUCUGCUGCUGCUGCUCGGCUUCCUGUCACUCCAGCUCCUGCUGCACAUACGAUUGCUCAGUCGGUUGCUCAGCCGGUCGCCCGGCCGGUUACCCAAUCCCCUGUCCAGUCGGUUGCACAGCAUGUGACUUCUAGUCAGGCUUCCACCACGGCUGCUCAUCCAGUCGCGCAGUCGGUUCCUCGGCCUGUUAAUUCUAAUCCUACUUCAGCUGCUCCGGUGGCGGCUGUCGGUACGGCUCAAGUUGCUUCAGCGCCUACUGUUACACAGCCAGCUCCUCACCGGGCUCUCUCAUCAGUUUCUCAGUCGCUUCCUCAGUCGGUUCCUCACGCAGCUCAACAGGCAGCCCACCAGACUCCCCACUCAGCUUCUCGGCCAGUUCCUCAGUCAGUUCCCCAGUCGGUCCCCCAGGCAACUCCUCAGGCGGUACCCCGGCCGAGCACUUCAGCUCUUACCCCAACUGCCCAACCAGGCCCAGUUUCUCCAGCUGUUUCUGGGUCUGGAGUCCCAGCUCCUUCUGCCGCUCAGUCCGUUGCUCCGGCUCCGGUUAGCUCCACUCCGGUUCCAGCUGCGACCGUAGCUCCGGCUUCCACGGUAGCUGCUGCUCCAACUCCUACUCGCGUUACAGCUGCACCUGCUGCAUUGUCUGCGGCUACGAAUCCCGCUCCUGUUCCCAGUCAACCUCAACACCAAAUAACGGGUCAGGCUCCAGCACAGCAGCAGAGACCACCAGCACAGGCUCAGGCCCCGGCUACACCGACUAUUACCUCUGCGGCACCUCCCCGGCCUCCUACUCUAGCUCCUCCACCUCCUCCACCUCCUCCGCCGCCUACUGAAGAUCCACCUCCACCACCUCCUCCACCUCCGGCGGAAGCGCCUCCCCCGCCGCCACCAACUCCUCUUAUGCCGACUUCGGCAAGUAGCGCUUCUUAG